AUGUCGAUCACUCACAUUGUCAUGGUCCAAAUUAAAGCUGAGGUGAGCCCCGAAGUAAUCAAAGAUGUGUGCUCUCGGAUGCUUGCCUUGAAAGAUAAUUGUAUACACCCGACUUCCCAGAAGCCAUACAUCCAGGCCGUAUCGGGCGGGCAGGACAACUCGCCCGAAGGCAUCCAAAACGGCAUCACCCACGCUUUUGUGGUGCACUUUGCGAGUGCUGACGAUCGUGAUUACUAUGUGUCCAAGGAUCCAGCUCACCUGGCAUUUGUCAAAAGUCUGGAUGGCAUCAUCGAGAAGGCGCAGGUGGUUGAUUUCAUUGAUGGCGUUUAUUGA